CAACACACAACAUCGCAGGGAAAAAGGAGUCGAAAAAGAAGUGCAAAAGUCGAAAUAUUUUGUAAAAUUUUCAAUUUUCCUGUGAAAUUGCUCAAAUUGAGCCGAAACGCAUCCAAAGUGGGCGUUAGCUGUAAGUGAAAGUUAAGCUCUGACGCUGGAAAAUAUUUUGUGCAAAGAAAAAGUGGAAUAUUGUCAACCGGAAUGCUUACAAAUUUCGAAACCAAGUCGGCUCGAGUGAAGGGUCUCUCGUUCCACCCGAAGCGACCAUGGAUUCUGGCCAGUUUGCACAGUGGCGUGAUUCAACUGUGGGACUAUCGUAUUAGUACACUGAUCGAGAAGUUCGAUGAACAUGACGGGCCGGUCCGUGGAAUUGCCUUCCACAGCCAGCAGCCGCUGUUCGUGUCCGGGGGAGAUGAUUUUAAGAUUAAGGUGUGGAACUACAAGCAGAGGCGCUGCAUUUUUUCGCUGUUGGGACAUUUGGACUACGUCCGGACGACGGUGUUCCAUCAUGAGUAUCCGUGGAUCUUGAGUGCAUCCGAUGAUCAGACGAUCAGGAUCUGGAACUGGCAGUCGCGGUCGUGCAUCUGUGUCCUGACCGGGCAUAACCAUUACGUGAUGUGUGCCCAGUUCCACCCGACGGAUGACAUCAUUGUGUCGGCUUCGCUGGAUCAGACCGUGCGGAUUUGGGACAUUUCCGGUCUGAGGAAAAAGAAUGUGGCACCGGGACCUUCCGGUUUGGAUGAUCACCUGAAGAAUCCGACGGCCACGGAUCUAUUUGGUCAAGCGGAUGCUGUGGUGAAACAUGUUUUGGAGGGUCACGAUCGCGGUGUUAACUGGGCUCAUUUCCAUCCGACUCUGCCGCUGAUCGUGUCUGGAGCGGACGAUCGUCAGAUUAAGCUGUGGCGAAUGAAUGAAUACAAGGCUUGGGAAGUGGACACUUGUCGCGGACAUUACAACAAUGUUUCCUGUGUGCUGUUCCAUCCGCGGGCGGAGCUGAUCGUUUCCAACAGCGAGGACAAAAGCAUCCGAGUUUGGGACAUGACCAAACGUCAGUGCAUCCACACGUUCCGUAGGGAACAUGAGCGGUUCUGGAUUUUGGCUGCUCAUCCCAAUUUGAAUCUGUUCGCAGCUGGCCAUGAUUCCGGAAUGAUCGUGUUCAAGUUGGAACGUGAACGUCCGGCUUACGCAGUCUAUGGUAAUUGCCUGUACUACGUCAAGGAACGAUUCCUCCGAGAACUCGAUUUCAAUACCACGACCGAUUCCGUUGUGAUGACGAUUCGUGGAGGUGGAAAGACUCCGGUUUACAGCAUGUCGUAUAACCCUGCGUUGAACGCAGUCCUCCUGUGCACCAGAACCUCUAACUUGGAGAACAGCACUUAUGAUCUAUAUAGCAUUCCGCAAAAGGACAGCAACUCCCAGAACAACGAAACCGACAGCAAGCGUUCUUCCGGUAUGACUGCCGUUUGGGUCGCCCGUAAUCGGUUUGCUGUUUUGGACCGUUCGAACCAGUUGGUCAUCAAGAACUUCAAGAACGAGGUCACCAAGAAAAUUCAGACCCCGGUUUGCGAUGAGAUCUUCUACGCCGGAACUGGAAUGUUGCUCCUCCGUGAACCGGAGCACGUGACCCUGUUCGACGUACAGCAACUUCGCACCCUGGCUCAGGUGAAAAUCGCCAAGUGCAAAUACGUUGUUUGGUCCGCUGAUAUGAGCCACGUUGCCCUCUUGGCCAAGCAUACCCUAAAUAUCUGUAAUCGUCGUCUGGAUCUUCUUUGCUCUAUCCACGAAAGCGCUCGUAUCAAGAGUGGUGCCUGGGACGAAUCGGGAGUGUUCAUCUACACCACCUCCAACCACAUCAAGUAUGCGAUCAUCAACGGAGAUCACGGAAUCAUCCGUACGUUGGAUCUUCCGAUCUACAUCACCCGGGUCAAGAACAGCCAAGUGUUCUGUUUGGAUCGGGAGUGUCGCACCCGCGUCCUCAACAUCGACACCACCGAGUACAAGUUCAAGCUGGCGCUGAUCAACCGGAAGUACGAGGAGGUUCUGCACAUGGUGCGCAAUGCGCGGCUCGUUGGGCAGAGCAUUAUUGCCUAUCUGCAACAGAAGGGCUACCCGGAGGUGGCGCUACACUUUGUCAAGGAUGAGAAGACCCGGUUCGGGUUGGCACUGGAAUGCGGCAACAUCGAAGUGGCGCUAGAGGCGGCAAAGGCCCUCGAUGAUAAGCAGUGCUGGGAGCGAUUGGCACAGGUUGCCCUCAUGCAAGGAAAUCACCAGGUCGUGGAGAUGUGCUACCAACGCACCAAGAACUUUGACAAGCUAUCAUUCCUCUAUCUAAUAACCGGUAACUUGGAAAAGCUGAAGAAGAUGAACAAAAUCGCCGAGAUCCGGAAGGACGUGUCUGCUCAGUACCAAGGUGCUCUGCUCCUGGGAGAUGUGAAGGAACGUGUUUCAAUUCUCAAGAAUUGCAACCAGACAUCGCUGGCCUACUUGACCGCAAAGACCCACGGUCUGGAGGAGGAUGCCAGCCAAUUAGCUGAAACAAUUACAUCUGCAGGAAAGGAUCUUCCAGAGGUCAAUCCCAACGCCAUGUUCUUGCGACCGCCGGUUCCGAUUCAGCAGGCGGAGAGCAACUGGCCUCUGUUGACUGUGUCGAAGGGCUUCUUCGAGGGAACGAUGAUGUCCCGUGGAGCGGCCACCGUUCACCAGGCAUUGGCUGCUACCGAAACCGUUGCGGAAGCUGCUGACGAGGACGGUUGGGGCGUGGAUGACGACUUGAAGGAUGAUGAUAAGUUUGAGGACGCUAAGGAUGACGAUGAUGUCAAACUGGAGGGAGGCGAAGGAGCCGGCUGGGAUGUUGGCGAUGAAGAUCUCGAACUGCCGGAAGAAUUGAUGUCCAAGAUUUCCGCUAGUGCAGCUGGAGACAAAGGCUUCUACGCUGUGCCGCCAAGGGGUUUGCCUCCGUCGCACUUCUGGACCAUCAACUCCCAACUGGCGGCGGAUCAUGUACGUGCUGGAUCAUACGAAACGGCAUUCCGUCUGCUACAUGACCAGAUCGGGGUCGUCAAUUUCGCUCCUUACAAGGAUCUCUUCAUGGAGUCUCAUUUAGGAUCAAAAACAUCGUAUACUUGCUUGCCAAAUAUGGGUCCUCUAGGAGCAUACCCGAACCGAAACUGGAAAGAAAUGAACGUUAAAAACUGUCACCCUACCUUAGCUUUCAAAUUGAACGAUCUAGUUCAAGCUCUUCAAUCUUGUUAUCAAUUGACCACGACGGGCAAAUUCACUGAAGCCAUCGAAAAACUUCAACACAUAAUCCUGUGCAUUCCUCUGCUUGUAGUAGAAUCCCGCACAGAAAUUGCCGAAGCUCAACAGCUGCUGACCAUCUGUCGAGAAUAUGUGGUCGGUCUUCAGAUGGAAACCAUCCGAAAGGGACUACCGAAGAACACCUUAGACGAGCAGAAGCGCAUCUGCGAAUUGGCCGCCUACUUCACCCACGUCAACCUCCAACCGGUUCAUCAGAUCCUGACCCUUCGUACCGCUCUAAACCUAUUCUUCAAGCUGAAAAACUACAAAACGGCAGCGUCCUUCGCUCGGCGCCUGCUCGAACUGGGUCCUCGUCCGGAAGUCGCCCAGCAAGCCCGUAAAAUUCUCCAAGCAUGUGAAAUGAACGAAACCGAUGAGCACACCCUCCAGUAUGACGAACACAAUCCGUUCACCCUGUGCGCCGUCACGUACAAGCCCAUCUAUCGAGGAAAGCCGGAGGAGAAAUGUUCCCUCUGCUCGGCGUCGUACCUUCCGCCGUACAAGGGUGUGACGUGCGCUGUCUGUCGGGUGGCCGAAGUGGGCAAGGACGUGAUCGGUCUGAGGAUCAGCGCUUCACAGUUCAAAUAGGGAUUUGUUCUUUCCGCACUGAAUUGAAAAGUUUGAGGGCAUUUCAAUACACAUAAAAUAUGAUAAACUUUUAUUAAAUAAUUAUAUUCUAUAUUACGAAGCUACGUAAAAAAACGUGAACACAAUUCAAUAUGUAUUCCAUAUAACUUAAAAAAAAACAUAAAACAUAUGUAUUGUGAAAGGUCAUCAAUAAUGUGCCGACCGCACGCUGUCCAUCGUCGGUCAGAUCGAUGUGAUUGAGAAUCCGUAAUAAACCGAGAGUUACUGCAAUA